UGGGAAGAGGAAAAAAAAAGAAAACUCGUCAAGGUUGCUAAGUAGCGGGAGGGAGGAAGUACAGACGGUUGGGGGGGCGAGCGGGGGUAGAAUGGAAGAACAGUGAGUGCACGCAUGCGCGUGACGGCCGCUCGUCCUUUCGCAGCCUUCUCUACCCUUUCCUGUAGAUCAGUGCCACCAUGCCCAGCCCAAAGAACAGCCCGAAGGGCAGCCGCGAAAGACGGGCUCCUGGCAGCAGGCUGGAGUUCCUGUCACUGAUGAAUCCGAAGAGCCAGGGGUGCCCAGAAAGCCCAUCUCGUCGCAAGGACCCGGCAGCCGGCAAUGCCACUCAACAGGCUCUACCCGAGGAGGAUUGCAUGAAGCUGAACCCGUCUUUUAUGGGUAUUGCCCUGCGCUCCUUGUUGGCCAUUGACCUUUGGGCUUCCAAACGGCUAGGGGUGUGCGCCGGAGAGAAUUCUUCAUGGGGCAGCGCUCGCCCCCUCAUGAAGGUCAUAGAGAUCUCGGGGCACGGUAUCCCCUGGCUCGCGGGCACCUUGUACGGGCUCUGCAGAAGUGGUAGCUCAGCAGGCCGUGAGGUGCUGAUCAACCUGCUUUUUGCUCUGGUGCUUGAUCUUGUUUUGGUGGCACUAGUGAAAGGACUGGUAAGGAGGCGGCGCCCCACCCACAACAAGAUGGACAUGUUUGCCACCAUCUCCGUGGACAAAUAUUCCUUCCCGUCGGGCCACGCCACCAGAGCUGCCAUGGUCUGCCGAUUCGUUCUUCACCACCUUAUCCUGGCCGUCCCUCUGCGCGUCCUGGUGGUCCUUUGGGCCUUCAUUGUGGGGAUUUCCCGAGUCAUGCUGGGCAGGCACAACGUGACCGAUGUGCUCUUUGGACUAGUCAUGGGCUACAUGCAGUACAGCGUGGUGGAGUACUUCUGGCUGUCGGCCAUCAGUGCUCCUGCUCUCUUUACGGUGUGGAGUUGACGAUUCUUAAUAGAGCAAGUCCACGCAUGAUUGGGCUCCUUGUAGCAUAAACUGUAAAUAAUAAUAAUAAAAAAUCAUAGAGCUUCAGCUGUUAAACUAAGCAUGGGGCAAGACCAGCAAAAUUCAUUCCGAAGGGCACAUGCGCGACUUCGGCCUGGAAGACUUAAUUGGUGCCAUGUUGUUCUCUGAAUGGGCAUCAGUCAACCCAUAGAGUAUCACAAACAUUCCAGACGACGCAAUACUAGGAACUUUAAAGCCACCUCUGGAGUUCAGUUGCCUGCCGUAUAGUAGUUAUUUCGGAGGAUUUGUGACUAACGGCGAUCCCUGUGAAC